ACAGGGGAAGUCUGAUGCAGAUUUACAAACUAUAGGAGAAAUAAGUCAGUGAACUGAAAAGGAAAUCAGUGCACUUCAGAAGCAUUUAUACACAGUCUGCCUGUUGUGGAGCCUCACAGCUUAAUUUUGAAAGCACCAUGUAAGAUGAUCCUACGAUGAAAUGCACACAGGCUCAGCUCAUUCUUCCCAUGAAUAAAGAAGCUGCCUUUAGCCGACUUGCUGCCACUGAGAGGGUGAGUUUCUGUUCACUGUUUAGCAAGAAUUUUACAAGCUUGCAGAAUAAAACCCAACAAUGUUCAGCACAGGAGGAAGCAUUGAAAUGUUUGUAACAAGUGGCAGGACUUGCAUGCAGAUGUAAGGGACUUGCACUUCAUUUAAAUUCUUAGAUGCUUCACUAAAAAAACAACCUUCCUUUAAACCUGCAGGCAAACUGGAUGAAGACAAGAAACGUUAGCAAAGUCAUUGCAGCUGUAAUACUGAACACAGCACUUUAGAUUUCUACAGGGUUUGUGUGCAAGACUGUUUAUGAAGAACGGCAACAGAUACUGCAGGACCAGUACAUUUAAUACGUCUCUGCUUAGGACUGAUGUGCUACAAAAAAAUUAUUUACAGCAAACAAAGAUUUAGAGAAGUAUGAGGGGAGAAAGUUUUCUAUCAAUAGAAAGGCUACGUUGUUGGAGACCUUGUAAGAGGAGCCGCUGGAGGGCACUUAAAUCUCGGUUGCUGGCAGCCAGCUUGACUUGUACAGUACUCGCAGUGUUUGUGGUGACCCAAGACCUCAUACAUGGCACCAUGCAUUUCCCCUUGUUAUGGGACAGUUCAUCCCCCCCGAGGCAAGUCACCGUACUCAUCUGGUAUGAACCUUUUGGGAAAAGGCGACGUCUUGGAGAUUGCCAUAUACUGUUCAACGUUAGUGGCUGCCAACUCACCACCAACCGGAGCAUGUACCAGGAAGCAGAUGCUAUCAUUUUCCAUCACAGAGAUAUUGGAGACUACAACGAUUUUCCAUUAAGAAGAUAUUCUUCUCAAAAAUGGAUUUGGAUGAAUUUUGAGUCACCUUCCCAUUCAAACUGGUUAAGAAGUUUUGGGGGAAUAUUUAACUGGACCAUGUCGUAUAGGGUGGAUUCUGACAUAUUUAUUCCUUAUGGGUAUUUAUAUUCUAGAAAACGUGCCAAGAUUGUUUUGCCACGCAAAAGGAAGCUCCUAGCUUGGGUGAUUAGCAACUGGAGUGAGGAUCAUGAUAGAGUCCAGUAUUACAACCAGCUGAGAAACUACAUUGACAUUGAUGUAUAUGGGAGAUUCGGAAUGGACUUAAAAGAUGAUAACAUUAUAAAGACAGUCUCAGAAUAUAAAUUUUAUCUUGCAUUUGAAAAUUCCCUUCACACAGAUUACAUAACUGAGAAGUUGUGGCGAAAUGCCUUUAAGUCCAGUGCGGUCCCCAUUGUUAUGGGUCCUAGCAGAUAUAAUUAUGAAAUGUUUAUACCUCGUAACUCAUUCAUUCAUGUAGAUGAUUUUUCUAGUCCAAGAAAACUAGCUAUGUACUUGAAAUUUCUUGACAAAAAUACUCACUUGUACCGUAGCUAUUUCACGUGGAAAAAACGUUAUGAUGUCCACGUGACUUCCUUUUGGGACGAGCACUACUGCACAGCUUGUGAAACUGUCAAAUCUGCAGGAAAUCAGUUCAGGACAGUAUCAGAUCUUGCAGGAUGGUUUGAAAGCUGACAUCUUUUUUGGAUUAAUAUUAGAAUUCAAAAAUAAAUCUAACAGUAUCAGAUCUCACAGGCAGCUUGAAGACACUUGUAAUGAUUAAAAAUAUUUACAUUAAUAUAAGAUCUGACUUAGACAGUAGCCAAUAUAAUUUUAAGGUGACCACUCAUUAAGUUAAAGGGACAUUAUACACUAGAUUUUUCUUUGCAUAAAUGUUUUGUAAAUGAUCCAUUUAUAUAGCCCAUACAGGUUUUUUUUAAGGGAUAGUUUAGCUUAUUUUUAAAUAACAUUGCUCUGAUUUUCAGACUCCUAACCAAGCCCCAAAGUUUUAAGAGCAAACCGACGUAUACCUACUUCAGCUUGCUCCUAUUUGUGUAAAGAGUAUUUUCAUAUGCAAAGGAAGGAGGAGGGGGAGUGUCUGCUAUUUCCCACUUGCAGUGGGUGUUCCAGUAACCUUUUAAACAGAGCUAAACUAGAAACUUCUAAGUAAGUUUUUAAACUGUUUUAUUCUGGAUUUUUAGAUCAGUAUCUGUGCAAAUUAUUCUUUGUAGUAGUGUCUAUUACAUGCAGUUAUAUGAAAAUUGGUGUGUACUGUCCCUUUAAGGUUAGUUUUAAAGAACAUUUAAAAUUGGCUAUAUAUAUUCUACAAUCCAUUUAGUCUUAACAUCAUUUUUUAGGACAUAUGGUUUUGUUUUUACAUGUCCUAAUACGCUAAUGAGCAGGAUGACAUGAAAUUGAAGAUCUUAAUAUUCUAUUAUGUUGAUUUUGUCUCUUUUUUUUUUUUGGUAGUUAAAAUUUGACCAAACAAAGUCGGUUCUAGGCCAUUGAAAUAUUGGGGGAGUGCAAAAAUGUGAAUACUAGGUUACCGUUAGAGUGAAAGGGCUGACAAGGUACAUGAUUUUGUUACAUCUAUUCAACUUUUUUAUACCCACCUUCUCUGUCCUUUACCCCAAUUAUUUAUUUGCUCAAUGCACUGGGCAUGUAAAAAAAAGUGACUACCUUGCCAAUUCAGGACAGCCGGCACAUUUGAGUUUUCCAGGUGUUAUUACUGCUACUGAUCUCUUUACUAUAAAUUGCAGUAUACUAUUGCAGCUCACUACCACAAAUUAACUUAUGUUGCCAAAAAGAGAAAAAAGUAUAGAUCUAAAGAAUGUCAGCAUAGAAAAAAUACUAGUAUGUUAAAUAUGCAGAUUAGAAUAGUUUAAAAAAGAAUGCAGAUGUUAGUGACAGUAUCCCUUUAAUUUAACUCUUUAGCUGCAAUACAGUGAUACAACAUAUUGCUACGCAAUAAACUUCAGUCCUCUGUUGCUACAAGGGAUACAAUAAUACAUGUCAACUCUAAGAAAUUAUUGUGAUUAAAAAAAAAGUUUUGUUUUAAAAAGGGAAAGAAAUUGAUCAUUAUAUAUAAGAUUAUCAAUACUAAUUCUGUACGGUCUUUAUUAAUUAUUUUUAAUACAAAUUUGAGCAUGUUAUAUUUAUACUUGCCAUCGUAUUAUCUCCUGUAAUAUUAAAAAUAGAUGGAUCCACAUCUUGACAAACUAUUUUGUAAAGCUUAUAUUAAGCUGCAGAUGUUACUUAAUGUUGUACAUAGGUACUACUGACACAACA